AAAACGGUACAACGUGAUAUUUAAAAACCGUGCGAGCAAAAAUUAAAGGAAUAGCAAUUGUAAACAAAAAUUGAACUGUGUACAAACUAGAAUAAUAUACCAAUAGCAAAAAAGUAAUCAAAGCCAAAAAGCAAGCCAACAAAGACUGCUAAACCUGAUAGCGAGCAACAAAGUGACAUUUUUUUAUUUAGUGUUUAAAUAGUUUAAUUAUAUCGUUAAGAAAUUUUUUUUGAGUGAAAGACAACAGCUUAGUUAAAGCAAAAACUCACAAUGAGGUUAUGUAUCUUGUUGGCCGUUGUGGCCUUUGUGGGCCUCUCACUUGGUGAGGAGAAGAAGGAGAAAGACAAAGAUUUGGGCACAGUAAUUGGUAUCGAUUUGGGUACCACAUAUUCUUGCGUCGGCGUUUAUAAGAACGGCCGUGUGGAGAUUAUUGCUAACGAUCAAGGUAACCGUAUCACGCCCUCUUAUGUGGCCUUCACUGCCGAUGGCGAGCGUUUGAUUGGUGAUGCCGCCAAAAAUCAAUUGACAACAAAUCCUGAGAAUACCGUAUUCGAUGCCAAACGCCUGAUUGGACGCGAAUGGUCCGACACAAAUGUCCAGCACGAUAUCAAGUUCUUCCCCUUCAAGGUCUUGGAGAAGAACUCGAAGCCACACAUCAGUGUUGACACAUCUCAGGGCGCCAAGAUCUUUGCCCCUGAGGAAAUUUCUGCCAUGGUGUUGGGCAAGAUGAAGGAAACUGCCGAAGCCUAUCUUGGCAAGAAAGUCACACAUGCUGUCGUCACAGUCCCUGCCUACUUCAAUGAUGCACAGCGUCAAGCUACCAAGGAUGCCGGUGUCAUUGCUGGUCUACAGGUGAUGCGCAUCAUCAACGAACCCACUGCAGCUGCCAUUGCCUAUGGUCUGGACAAGAAAGAGGGCGAGAAAAACGUGCUUGUGUUCGAUUUGGGCGGCGGUACCUUCGAUGUCUCCCUGCUGACAAUUGACAAUGGUGUGUUCGAGGUGGUAGCCACUAAUGGUGAUACUCAUUUGGGCGGUGAAGAUUUCGAUCAGCGCGUCAUGGAUCAUUUCAUCAAGCUGUACAAAAAGAAGAAGGGCAAGGACAUCCGCAAGGACAAUCGUGCUGUACAAAAGUUGCGUCGUGAGGUUGAAAAGGCAAAGCGUGCUCUGUCUGGCUCCCAUCAAGUGCGAAUUGAGAUCGAAUCAUUCUUUGAAGGCGAUGACUUCUCAGAGACUCUUACACGUGCCAAGUUUGAGGAGCUGAACAUGGAUCUUUUCCGUUCCACUUUGAAGCCAGUACAGAAGGUACUUGAGGAUGCUGACAUGAACAAAAAGGAUGUGCACGAAAUUGUGCUGGUCGGUGGCUCCACACGUAUUCCCAAAGUACAACAGCUCGUGAAGGACUUCUUCGGUGGCAAGGAACCAUCCCGUGGCAUCAAUCCCGAUGAGGCUGUAGCCUACGGUGCUGCCGUACAGGCUGGCGUGCUAUCUGGCGAACAGGAUACCGAUGCCAUUGUGUUGCUUGAUGUGAACCCAUUAACUAUGGGUAUCGAAACCGUCGGAGGUGUGAUGACGAAAUUGAUUCCACGUAACACAGUCAUUCCUACCAAGAAGUCGCAGGUGUUCUCGACCGCCUCCGAUAACCAGCACACUGUUACCAUUCAGGUGUACGAGGGCGAGCGUCCCAUGACUAAGGAUAAUCACUUGCUCGGCAAAUUCGAUUUGACUGGCAUUCCUCCCGCUCCACGUGGCAUUCCACAGAUUGAGGUCUCGUUCGAAAUCGACGCCAACGGCAUUUUGCAGGUCAGUGCCGAAGAUAAGGGCACCGGCAACAAGGAAAAGAUCGUCAUUACCAAUGACCAGAAUCGACUAACGCCCGAGGACAUUGACCGCAUGAUCAAGGAUGCUGAGAAAUUCGCCGAUGAGGACAAGAAGCUGAAGGAGCGCGUCGAGUCACGCAACGAGCUGGAAUCGUAUGCAUACAGUUUGAAGAACCAGAUCGGCGACAAGGAUAAGCUUGGUGCCAAAUUGGCCGAUGAUGAGAAGACCAAGUUGGAGGCCGCCAUCGAUGAAUCGAUCAAAUGGCUCGAACAGAAUCCCGAAGCCGAUCCCGAGGAAUACAAGAAGCAGAAGAAGGAUCUUGAGACCAUUGUGCAGCCAAUCAUUGCCAAGCUGUAUCAAAGCACAGGCGGUGCCCCACCCCCAGAGGGCGGUGAGGACGAUCUCAAGGAUGAGCUGUAAGCGGCACAAUUGCUCUAUUGUCGAAGGCAGAGUAGGAAGUAAAUCAGACUGAUUAAAACACUAUAUAACUUAAUUUCAAAAACCACAACAACCACAAUCACAACAACAACAAUAAGCACACACCAAUAAACCAACAACAGUAAUCGCGGCAUCCUAGACUGUCGCUCCUCAAUCCGUAAAUGAAAUUACCAGCUUUUAAAACAAAUCGUAGCAAGCUCAAAAGAGAGAAAGAAAAAAACAACAACCAAACUGGUUAAAAUUUUGUUGUAGCAUAUUUAAACAUUUUUUUUUUCUAAUUUAUAAUCUAAAGUAUUUUUUCGGCAACCAACAACUACUUGAAGAAUGAAUAAUCAAUGUGUUCCUCAUAUUCCACGGCGCUACCAACAAACGUCGAACAGCAGCUGCGCGGGCCGCUUCGGCCCCCAAUCCCUAUCCCUCCUGCACGUUCUCCAAUUAACUAUAUAAAUAUAACUGUAUAUUUUUUAUAACCACAACACAGCCGUGCAAACGCAAUUGUCAAUGAGGAAUCACAAAUCGAUAGGUUAGCUUACGAUAUAAAGAAAAACAAAUGUUAUGUAUAAGCGCGUGAUGAGAAUUUUGGGGCGCAGAGAGUAAGCAGGCGAUGAAAAUAAUAAUAUUAAACGGAUGAUAAUGUAAUAGCAAACAACAGAAUAAUGAUUUGAUGGAAAUGCAAGAAUUAUAAUAACAGAUUCUUCGAUUUUACGAAGAAUUUUAUAUAAUUUAUUUAACAAUAAAAUAAAGACAUAAAAAAUUAGA